AUGUCGCUCCUACUCCGCCUGGCUGCGCUGACUGCAUUUCGACUUCCUCAAGCGGCUGCCGAGCUAUGCGGAAACAGCGACUUUGACUUGGACGAGCCAUGUGGGCAAUUGCCGGCAAACACGGACCACCUGACUCUCAUUGGUUACAACACGGAGCUCGAGUGCGUCGUUGCAGACCUUGACUCUGCGACCUGGGGAAUUUGCAAAUCCGGGAAUUUGACGCAAAGCCACGGUUGCACCCCUUCCAACGAAACGAGGAGGCCAACCGAGUUCUACAUCGUGCUGGGCUGUGCUUUGGUGGUCCAUGUCGUCUUGUUGGGACUGGUGAUGGCCAGCAGCAGUGACAGUGGAAAGUCACAGAAGCUUCAGUCUGGUGUAUUCUGGUGGUGCCACUUCUGGGCGAGCCUCCUGGGAAAUGUGUUUGUAACCUCCACAAGUAUCGCUUGGGGUCAGUUUCAAGGGCCAAUGAUCGUUGUGCCGCAGCUACUUGGGUUUCUGUUCGCGACCGUUGCCGUGGGAAUGGUCUACCGGGUCCCGCUUUCCCUGGUGAAGAAACAUCGCCCGGAGUGGUGGUUCACUGCUCUUUGGCUGGCCGGCAUUGCGUGCAUAUCUUACGGACUGGUCCUGUCCUACAGCGCCGUGGUCGUUGCCUUGGUCAUCCUUGGUCAUUGGUUCGUCAACGGCCUCAUCCAACUCUCCCUGGACACGUUGAUCCACAUCUUGGAAACAGCAUGGAAGACUUGGCGCGCAG